AUGGAUGCGAUUGCCGCACGUGACGUUGUGGACCUCGACGACACGGAUUACAGCGAUGAGGCUAACGCUCCGGUAGAUCGCUACGAGGGACGUUCUUUGGGAGAUGUCUCAACUUUGCCACAAGAUCGCCUGAGCAGCUUAUAUAACUCCAGGGGGGCUGUUGGUACUAGUUCUAAUACGUCUGUUCAAAGCGUGGAAUGGAAGCCCGUGGUAGCAGGUGAUGGUGAUGAAGUUGGUGCCUCGCUACGUGAAGUCUUAGAACCCGAGCCAAAGAGGCAAAAGCCAGAGAUAAUCGACCUGACGGAGCUAGACUCUGAUGAUGACACUGGUUUUACGCCAUUGAAUACUUCUCGGAUUGAUUCCAGGUUGCCACCACAGAUACGACCACAGCCACCAUCCUCAUUGUUUGGAUGGACCGCGCCUCAAUCCACACAAACGAGAGAGAUAUACCCCAGUAAACACACAGAAGACUCUGACGACGAGAUAGAGAUUCUUUCCGAGACCAGAGUCUCGGGCCCUAUGCAGGAGUCGCCUCAGCUGGUCUGGGAGAAGGUUUCAAGGGCCUAUGAGCAGAAGGUAGAGGAAUGGAAGAUGGUCCACGAGAGCAUGAGGAAUCUGGGCAAGGCGAUGGACUUCAUGCGCACAAUGGCGAACGAGGUAAUUGGAGAUGCUCAGCUAUCCGCUGCUCACGAGGCCCAGGUCAGGAGCUAUACGCAGCAAAGAGUUGAUCUGGCUGCGAAGGAUCGUGAGAUCGCACGAGAAAUUGGUGUCCUGAAAGAGAUACGCGGCAAGGCGCAUGCGGCCUUUAUGAACUGGGCUAGCGAGAACAUGCCAUCAUUUAGAGAUCAAUAUUCUGAUGCUCUGGCCCAAAGUUCGCGUGUCAACGACCAUCGUGGUUUCACCAGCAAUGUCUACACGCAGUUGCAUCAGACAGAGUCCCAGAACAUUGAGAAUUUGCUGAAGAUUGUCCAAGAGGAUGAGAAGGAGGGGAUGGCUUUGACACCACCAGAGUUGACAGUUCAAUUGCUUCCUCACCAGCGUAUUGGUUUGUCAUGGUUGCAAAGGAUGGAGAAGUCAAUCAAUAAGGGUGGUAUUCUGUCCGAUGAUAUGGGUCUUGGUAAGACGGUCCAGGCGAUCGCCUUGAUGAUAGCUAACAGAUCGGUGAUUCCACGUUGUCAGACCAAUCUUGUGGUGGCGCCGGUGGCCCUUUUGCGCCAAUGGCAGGCUGAAAUCAUGACCAAAAUCAGCGAGGAGUACGAGCUCAAGGUGCUGAUCUAUCACCAAUCUGACAAAGUGUCAAAUUUCUCUCAGUUGCAGAAAUACGACGUCGUGCUGAUCUCCUAUGGAACUCUGAGUUCUGAGAUGAAAAAACACUAUGGUAAAUCCUUGGAGGCGGCUGGAAUUUCUAAGAGUGCCAACUUUUUGCCAGAUAUCGAUGUGGAAACCGAUACGCCGUCACCUUUUUUCGGCAGUUCUAAUGCCUUUUAUAGGGUGAUAUUAGAUGAGGCGCAUCUCAUCAAAAACAAAUUGACUCUUGCAUCUAAGUCAGUGGCCCUUUUGAGCUCUACCUAUCGUUGGUGCCUCAGCGGAACUCCCAUGCAAAACAGUAUCGAUGAACUUUAUCCUUUGAUGCGGUUUCUGCGGAUUUCACCCUAUUCGGAGGAACGCAGAUUUAAGCAUGAUAUCUCGGUUCCGAUGAAGAAGGGCAAUAGGGAUGUUGACGAUGCACUGGUGAGCAAGAGAGCCAUCCAGAAGCUCCAAGUUUUGCUGAAGGCCACUUUGUUGAGACGAACGAAAGACUCUAAAAUUGACGGUAAGCCUAUCCUCACUCUUCCACCAAAGGUUAUUGAAGAAUGCAUCAUUGAAAUGUAUCCUUCCGAGCGCAUGUUCUACCAAGAACUUGAAAACUCGAGUGCGGCUAUAGCAGAAAAGAUGCUAAACAAAGAGGCCAAUAUCAGCUACAGUAACAUUUUGGCUUUGCUCUUGCGAUUGCGGCAAUCGUGCUGUCAUAAUUACAUGGUUCGAGCAGCCGAGCCGGAUCCUACCGCCAGUUACGCCAAAGAGAAUUGGAAACACAUCUACAGUUCUGCGGCGCAAUUCAACAGAUCCGUGGUGACCAGAAUCAACAGUGAGGCUGAAAGUGGGGUCACCUGUCCGUUCUGCUACGAGGAAGUGACUAAUGACGGAGUCUACUUUUUCGGCGGAUGUGGGCAUCCGAUCUGCGCCGAUUGUAUGCCGAUGUACUUUGAGAAGUUCCAGGAAGGUCAAACCGAGGAACAGGCUGGAAAGAGGUCGGCCAAGUGUCCAACUUGUCGUUUAGUCACGAAAGAGGACGCAGCCGUAGACUAUGAUGCUUUUGAUGCCAUUUGCAAUAAACGGAUGGAUCUUGCAGAAUUCAAAAAACACAUAGACAAGCGUGUGACUGUGACUUUGAAUGAAAGACAGGAACGUGUCCAUCAAUUGAUGGACAGAAACGGAGGUGAACUCGAGCAUUCGGCAAAAGUGGAUGCUGCUGCGGACCUCGUUCGGAAGAUCUUUGUGGAUUAUCCCGACGAAAAGAUUAUCAUCUUCUCGCAGUUCACGUUUCUCUUCGAUAUCAUGCAAAUGGUACUAGAUGCCGAUGGAAUCUCGUGGUUACGAUACGAUGGAACCAUGCGUUCAGAUCAACGUAAUGACUGUGUAACUCGCUUCUACAGCGAGCCUGAGAAGAAGGUGAUGUUGAUCUCACUAAAGGCUGGUAAUGUUGGUUUGACUUUAACUUGUGCUUCGCAUGUCAUCAUGAUGGACCCGUUCUGGAAUCCGUAUGUUGAAGACCAGGCUACUGAUAGAGCUCAUCGGAUUGGCCAGAAUACAGAAGUUCACGUAUAUAGGCUUCUUGUGAAGGAUUCUGUUGAGGAUCGUAUUCUCAAACUUCAGGAGAAGAAGAGGGAGCUUGUUGGUGGAGCUCUUGACGAGGAAGGCAUGAAGGCGGUGAGCCGUCUUGGUAGGCGUGAAAUGGGAUUUUUGUUCAAUAUUCAGGCCUGA